CGGACGUACAGCGUUUUACAAAAAAUACAAACAUAAUUUAAAGUCGUAACGAUUCGUUGAAAGGAUGAAAGUGACAAGUGUUUUGUUUAAAAAUAUAACGGAAAUGAAGUGCCGCAUUUACAGUUGAAAAGCGUUUAUGAGAUUUAUCGUUUAAACAAUUUUAAGUUUAUUCUUAGUAUGUUUACGAUAAUCCUUACACGCGGUCGCGAUAAACUACAACCGAUAAAUGUGAUGGCCGUUUAAAAAUAAAUAAUAAAUGACAUGUCAACUUUUUAUCUGACAUUUGUCUAUAUAAAUGCAAGGUUUAGUGGCAUUCGGUGGAAUAAGUUGUGACACAGCUCGGAACUAAUUAAGGAAUAUUAAAUAGUGACGAUGAAAAGGAAAAGGGUGUAACAAUAAAUAAUAGUGUUGUUAAUUAGUUGUUUUUAAUGAUGGCUGAUUUAAAGAAAAUUAAGUGGCAUUCGUAUUUUUUCAAUGCGAUGAUGCUAUGCGUCACUAUGAUUUAUGAAGCCGGUGGCCUCCGUACCACGGAACUGAAUAUUACGCCGCGAGUCGUUCAACGAGGUAGAAAUGUAACGAUGGCCUGUAUAUACCAGCUCCACGAGAGUGAGAUCUAUUCAGUAAAGUGGUACAAGGGCUCGCAAGAGUUCUAUAGAUAUUCUCCCUUAGAGACUCCCACUACUAGAGUGAUGCCUGUAAAUGGAAUUAAAAUUGAUAGGUUAAAUUCAAAUGAGACACAUGUAGUUAUAAUGAAUGUUACACCAAACUUAAGUGGGAACUACAGCUGUGAAGUAAUCCAGAAUGCUCACACUUUUCCCCAUUAUACGGCCAAAUCAAGACUUGAUGUUGUAGGUAUUGGUGGUCUCCGAGCGACGGAGCUUAGAAUAUCACCGCCUGUGGUACAACGAGGAUCAGACGUAACUUUAGCGUGUCUGUACGAGUUAACUGAGGCGCCACUCUACUCUGUUAAGUGGUACAGGGGCCGCCAUGAGUUUUACCGGUUCUCACCAAGUGAGACGCCUGCUACGAAGAUAUUUCCCUUCGCUGGAAUUAAUGUUGAUCUUGCAAGAUCAAACCAAAGCCAAGUGGUACUGACGCGGGUCAGUUUCGGUCUGUCUGGAAACUUCAGCUGCGAGGUGACAGCUGACGCGCCUUCCUUUGCCACGUCUAUUGUUUCUAACACUAUGGAUGUGGUUGUGCUUCCAGCAUCUUCACCAAUGAUCCACACCAGCCAGCACUACUACAUGCCUGGUGAUAUACUUCGGGGCAACUGCUCGUCAGGUCCAAGUCGACCCCCUGCCGAGUUAACAUUUUUCAUCAAUGAUAUACCGGUCACACCGGGUCUCCAUAACUCCCAAACAGCGGACGAUGGUCUUUUCUUUUCGGAGCUGUUCGUGCAGGUCCAUCUCUGGCCAGCACAUUAUGAGAGAGGAGCCCCAAUUCUCCGUUGUGAAGCCAAAGUUGCAGAUUUAUAUAGAGAGAACUCAGCUGUUGCGCUGUACUCUGCUAAUAGUGACCCUAAGAUAGAGAGAGUUACAUCACCGGGAGCCGGAGCCAAGUUGCAAGUGUGCCAGAUAUUAAUCCUUCUAUGCAUCCUGUUGGCUAACAAUACAUAGAUUUAAGUAGAAACGAGUUUUAUCCUCAGAGAAAUAUACUUAGUCAAGAUAACUAAAAUUUAUUUAUUAUGUAUUCGGACGGAUUUAGGACGUAUGAAUCGACUGUAUAUUUUCCUCAUCAUUCAUUAAAACUAAAUCAGUCGAAUUGCACCGUUUUACCUACACUGCUUCUUUUUAUUACUGCAUUGACAUAAUUUGACAGAAAGAGACGAAAUAGUACUUUAGUAUUUAUUUAAUACUGGCAAAAAUUCGGUUAUAGAAAUUGCCCUUUUUAUGCACAGACUACUCAUGUCGUGUCAAAUCGUGAAUCUAAUUAAACUGUCAACCUAUGUGAUUAGUGACUAGUCUGUGACAUUUCAUUGAUAUAUUUUAAAUCUAUAUCUGUGUAAAUAUUGUAAAAAUAUAAUGUAAAUUACAUAAAUCCAAUAUUAAAUCAGUUAAUAUUUCUCUCUGGAUAAAUCUAGGAAAUUGUAAAAUAAUUGGUAUAGGUGUAAAUUAGUUAUAUACAGUUCGAGAUUGAAUUGUGAAUUUAAUAGCUACUGAACCUAAACGAGCUGCUACUUAUACCAAAGAAUGUAAAGACUAAGAUAUUGUUGAUUUAAUACAAAUUAUAUG